UACAAUCCCAACCCUAAAUCUGAUAUUCAUCUACACUGUGUUAAAUCUCACUCUAUCUCGCUCACUCUCUCAUUUUUAUUAUCUGUUUUUCCUCCAUCUCCUGUAUGUUAAACCUCACUCUAUCUCGCUCGCUCUCUCAUUUUUAUUCUCUAUUUUCCCUCCAUCUCCCGUACGAAUCCAUUCCAACGCCUCUCUCUCCGGUUCUCCGCCUCUGCCAAAUUUUGAAUCUCAUAUCUGCUCUCUCUCUUUCUCUCUCCAGUUUCCCAUUGCUGUAGUUUUUCGUCAUGGGAACUUCAGUGCAGUUGACACCUUUAAGUGGCGUCCACUCUGAGAAUCCUCUCUCAUAUCUUCUCUCUCUCGAUGGCUUCAAUUUUCUCGUGGAUUGUGGAUGGAAUGAUUUCUUCGACCCUGAGCUUCUGCAACCUCUGUCAAGGGUAUCAUCAACAAUAGAUGCUGUGUUGUUGUCCCAUCCAGAUACUGUUCACCUUGGUGCUUUGCCAUAUGCCAUGAAACAAUUUGGCCUUUCUGCUCCAGUAUAUUCAACUGAGCCUGUACACAAACUAGGCCUCUUAACGAUGUAUGACCACUAUCUUUCACGAAGGCAAGUUUCAGAUUUUGACUUAUUCUCUCUCGAUGAUAUAGAUGCUGCUUUUCAAAAUGUGACUAGGCUGACGUACUCUCAAGAUUACCAUCUCUCUGGUAAAGGAGAAGGGAUAGUUAUCACCCCUCAUGUAGCUGGGCAUCUUUUGGGAGGUACAAUCUGGAAGAUAACUAAGGAUGGAGAGGAUGUAAUAUAUGCAGUUGAUUUCAACCAUCGGAAGGAAAGGCAUUUGAAUGGAACUGUUCUAGAGUCAUUUGUCCGACCUGCUGUAUUGAUAACGGAUGCCUAUAAUGCCCUAAACAACCAGCCUUCCACACGUCAAAGGGAUCAGGAAUUCCUAGAUGCAAUUCUUAGGACUCUACGAGGGGAUGGAAAGGUGCUGCUUCCUGUUGACACUGCAGGACGAGUACUGGAGCUUAUAUUGAUCUUAGAACAGUACUGGACACAACAUCAUCUGUCUUAUCCAAUUGCAUUUCUAACAAAUGUUGCAACUAGCACUAUCGAAUAUGCGAAGAGUUCCCUUGAGUGGAUGAUUGAUUCGAUUGGCAAGUCGUUUGAACAUACCAGGGACAAUGUGUUUGUUCUGAAGAAUUUUAACAUUAUUAUCAACAAGAAGGAACUGGAGAAAUUGCCAGAAGGACCAAAGGUUGUCCUAGCAUCUAUGGCCAGUUUGGAAGAGGGAUUCUCCCAUGAUAUAUUUGUUGAAUGGGCAGUUGACUCGAAGAAUUUAGUGGUUUUUACUGAGAGGGCCCAGUUUGGGACACUAGCUCGAAUGCUUCAAGUUGAUCCACCUCCAAAAGUUGUAAAGGUUACCAUGCACAAGAGAGUUCCUUUGGUUGGGGAGGAGUUAAAGGCAUAUGAAGAAGAACAAAAUCGAAUAAAAAAGGAAGAAGCCCUAAAGGCCAGUCUCAGCAAAGAGGAUGACUUGAAAGCCUCCUGCAUUGUUCCUGAUAAAAGCUUAUCUGACCCUAUGGUAAUUGAUUCAGCUGGUGGCCUUAUCUCAUCAGAAGUGGCCAGCCCUCGCAUUGUUGGGUACCGUGAUGUUUUGAUUGAUGGAUUUGUUCCUCCGUCGACAAGUGUUUCUCCUAUGUUCCCUUUCUAUGAGAAUUCCCGUGAGUGGGAUGACUUUGGAGAGGUUAUAAAUCCAGAUGACUAUGCAAUUAAAGAAGAAGAUAUGCUUGAUCCAACAUCAGUGGCUGUUCUUGGCGGUGGAUUAGAAGACAAGUUUGAUGAAGAUUCCAAUGAUAUGCUUCUUGAUUCAAAACCUUCAAAGGUUGUUUCAAAUGAACUGACGGUGCAAGUAAAGUGCUCUUUGAUAUACAAGGAUUUCGAAGGGCGCUCUGACAGCCGUUCAAUUAAAACAAUCCUGGCACAUGUGGCUCCUCUCAAGCUUGUUUUAGUGCAUGGAUCUGCAGAGGCUACUGAGCAUUUGAAACAACAUUGCUUAAAAAAUGUUUGCUCUCAUGUAUAUGCUCCACAAAUUGGUGAAACAAUUGACGUCACCUCUGAUUUGUGUGCAUACAAGGUUAGGCUUUCAGAAAGGCUAAUGAGUAAUGUUCUAUUCAAGAAGCUUGGGGACUAUGAGAUCGCUUGGAUUGAUGGAGAGGUUAAUGAGACGGAUGGUAUGCUAACUUUAGUACCCCUCUCGACUGGACCACCCCUGCACAAAUCUGUUCUUGUUGGUGACCUGAAAUUGGCUGAUUUCAAGCAGUUUCUUGCAAGCAAAGGCGUUCCGGCUGAAUUCUCGAAGGGUUUCCUGCGUUGUGGCGAAAAUAUAACAUUACGGAAAGUUGGAGAUUCUAAGGGUGCCACGCAACAGGUGGGCAUUGAAGGUCCUUUGACAGAGGAAUAUUACAAAAUCAGAGAAUUAUUAUAUUCACAAUUUUAUUUGCUCUAAGCAUGCCUGAACGUUUGCCUAGUUGGCAUAACUGAAUCUUUAUUAUGAAAUUUUGCAGAAAAAGGAAGAAAUUAGUUAUAUUUGUGCACAACACUCAUACUUGUAUUUUUCUGUCUAUUAACAAAAUUUAGGAAUGUUGUGGUGAGUUAACACCCACGUAGAAAAAGUGAAUGGCUACUCACUUCGGAGGAUGUGAAUCCCCCAACUAAUGGAUCCACUGGCUGCCACCGUUAUAUUU